UCUAAGAAGUUAACAAUAUUACCAAAUUUCCUCCUUCAACUCUUCCAUUUUUCUUAGGUGCACUGAUAACAAAUUGAUAAUUUUACUUACUAUCCCGCUUGACAGAUAGUUUAUACUGUAUGAAGAAAUAUUGAUAUUAAACGUAAUAUUCUUGACCUCAAAAAUUGAAUAGGUGUUUAAAGCCUAAGAAAUGUACAUGUAUGCAUAGUCAUAAGAAAGAUGUAUGCAAAAAAACUUUUCUACACUCAAAAUCCUCUAAUAUUUUUUAACGGUGUUACGGGAAAUAAUUCUACGACAACGAUAUAUUAACGACUUGUUCAUCCACGUAGCUACAACUUGAAGAUAUAAUUAAGCUAUUCAAUCAUAAUUUUUUCCAAUUAUAAAAUAUUUAUCAAACGAUAGAGAUUUUUUAAAAUAUGUACAAAACUUUUCUCUUGUGAAUAAAUGAUAAGAGACAUAGAUAGUUUAUAAACAUAAAAAUGAUACUCUGUGUUUUUACAACUGGAAGACUUGCCUGGAUAUAUUGUGAAAAAGUUAUGUUUUUAAGAAAAUAGAGAAAGUUUAACUGAUUGGGAUGUGGAAAAGUGAUAUUUUUAUGAGUGUAUAGCGAAGUUUACCACUAUGGCCAUGUUUGUUGGCGAUUUGACAAAUCUGCCGGAAGAAGAUUCCAAUGUUGUCAGGAUAUUCACCAGUUCUACUUUCACAGAUAUGUCUGUUGAGCGCAACUAUCUGAUGAAAAACAUCUAUCCACAGAUACGAGACACGUGUACAAAACUUGGUCUGGAGUUUGAAGUGGUGGACAUGAGAUGGGGUGUAAGCGACAAAGUUAGUGCCGAUCACAAAACCACUGAACUUUGUUUGCGAGAAAUAUCAAAUUGUCAGAGAGUAUCACGAGGCCCCAAUUUUAUUGUAUUCUUAGGCGACAAAUAUGGUUACCGCCCAUUCCCAUCCGCCAUUUCUGAAGAAGAGUAUGACAUCCUUUUAAAAGUGUUAUCAGAGGAAGUAAGAGACGUGCAACUUCUUCGUCGAUGGUAUAAAAAGGACGAGAACAGCAUACCGCCGAUGUAUAUUUUACAGCCUAUUCAUUCAAUCCUUGUGAAUUAUAACAAUUCUGCCAAUUCGACUAAACGCGAAGAAGACAGAAAGAAGUGGUGGAAUAUAUUCCGUGAAAUUCAAGAGCUUUUAGGCUUCGCAGCGACGCAAGCUCUUUCCAUGAAAUAUUUGCCGCCCCAUGUUUGCGAAAAGUAUCUUAUCUCAGUGACGGAGAGCGAGCUGAACAAAGGUUUAUUCUCUUCACAAAACCCCAGGAAACAAUGUGCAUGUUUCGUUCGAAUCUUGCAAGAUGUGAAUCAUUUUGUGGACGAUGAAAGUUUAAAACUCUAUUUCGAUGAAUCGAAUUCAAGUAUCGAUUCUUACGCGAAACAACGAUUAGAUUCGUUAAAAUUCGAUAAAGUGCAAAAGGCUUUGAGCAAGUUAAAUUUCAAAUCUUUUAAUGUGAAAUGGAAGAAGGGGGGUAUAAGCUUGAAAAAUAACGAACAUAAGAAAUACCUGCAAAAGUUUGGGGAAAGUGUCAAAUCAGUUUUGUUGAAUUUGAUACACGAAUUUUCGAAUGAGCGAGCUAAAACACAAAGGAACAAUGUAAACAAACUUUUCAAAGAUGUUUUACACCACAGUUUGUUUUGCGUGAGAAAAUGUGAAUCUUUUCAUGGGCGUGGUAACCUUAUAAAUGCAUUAAAGGCGAAGCUGAACAACAACAACAACAACAACAACAACAACAACAACAACAUCUUUAUUAUUCAUGGUACAUCUGGAUCUGGAAAGACAUCGAUAAUGGCAAUGUUAGCCAUGCACGCUAAAUCAUGGUUUAACUCACCCAAUCUGGUCGUUAUAACGCGUUUUCUUGGCACAUCACCUGCAAGUAGCAAUAUAAGUGAAGUGUUAUCUAGUUUGUGUGACCAUGUAUGUGAGGUGUACAAUUUUGAGAAACCAGAAGAACGCGAAGAUUUGAAUGUGAUGAUCAAACAUUUUCACAAGCUGUUGCACAAGAUUCAAACACCGGAGCUGCUUAUUUUACUUGACUCAAUCGACCAGUUGUCUUCAGAGGAUAACGCUUAUUCUUUAAACUGGUUACCAGAGGAAAUCAACAAAAACGUUACUAUUGUAAUAUCGACGUUACCUUACCAUGGUAACAUACUCGGGAUGCUUCAGAAACGUUAUACAGGCAAAGAUCGAUACUUAGAAAUAGGAUCAUUGGAAAGUGAAAACAGUUCAAUCAUCCUUCAAAACUGGUUUAAUAAAGCGAAUCGAAGAUUGACUACGAAUCAAGAAAAAUUUUUAUCUUCAUGUUGCGAUGGUUCUCCUCAACCAAUUUACCUAAAACUAGCGUUUGAUCAGGCCGUAGAAUGGAAAUCAUAUGAUAACGAAAAAGUGACAAAACUACCCACUACAACAACUACCAUUAUUGCUUCUUUAUUUCAACGUUUAGAAGUGGAGUUUGGUGAAAGGUUGGUAGCAAAUGCGCUAGGUUAUAUCACGGCGUCUAAAAACGGCUUAUCUGAGGCAGAGCUGGAAGAUAUCCUUUCAUUGGAUGAUAUCGUCUUGAAUGACGUGUAUGAAUUUUGGGAUCCACCAGUGGAGGAUCAUAUCCGUUUACCUCCGUUGCUAUGGAAACGCAUACGUUAUAAGCUAAGCACAUACCUUACAGAAAGAAACGCAGACGGUGCAGUGGUGAUAAAUUGGUACCACAGACAGUUUUGGGAGGCGGCAGCUAAUAAAUUUCUAAAAGAUAUCGACCAGAAAGUAAAACUUUAUGAGAAUAUCUCAGAUUAUUUUAUGGGUAUUUAUGCGCAUGGAAAUGGCAAGAGUGUUACUCUUCAUAAACGCAACAAAAUCUGUAAAAACGCCGACCGUCUGGUACAUCCACAGCCACUUGUAUUUCAAAAUGGCGCAUACAACUUACGCAAAUUUAGCGAACUUCCACAAGCUCUUAUUAAUUCAGACAAACAAGAUGAGUUAUUUGAUGUUGUUUUCUUUAACUUCGAGUGGUUAUACUACAAAAUUAAAGCAACUUCUGUGAACGAAGUUUUGAAAGAUAUGCAGAUGUUUUUAGAGAAGCGCGAUAACCAGGAAGUACGAACAGUCCACGACGCUCUUGCCUUAUCUUCAACUCAUAUAGAAUCGGAGAAAGAAAGUCUCGCAAAUCAGUUACUGGGUACUCUCUUAGGUUUUGAGAACCUUGGUAUGAAAGAAGUGAAGAAACUGUUAACCGGUUGCCGAAAAUACAUAGAAAACGCAAGUAAGCCAGCAUUAUUGGUUCGAUCUCCUUGUAUGAUACCACCAGGGGGACCACUUCAAAGUACGCUUCAGGGACAUGUGACAAGGAUUGACAAUGUGCUAUUUUUGGACGAUGACACAUUAGCUUGUAUGUGUGAAGAUAGCGGUAAAGACUUUUAUGUAUACUUUUGGUGCGUUAAAACGAAUACAAACAAAAAAAUACACACAUUUCCUUUUGAUGGUUUUGUGACAGCGAUAUUGCGGACUGGCUGGAAACACUUAAUAAUCGUGGCUAGAAAGUUCUAUUACGUCAAUGUAUAUACUCUAGCAGUAGAACACGUCGUCGAAAAUCUAUAUGAUCCGAUAACGUAUGUCAAGGAUGAUGACGCCGAUCUUGCUGUCAUGCACCAGAGCGGCUUGUUGUGUAUAUUUGACAUAGAGCAGCGAAAGGUGAAGGUCAGAUAUGAAGGUCUGAAGAACAUAUCAAGCGCAGAAUUUCUAACAUCUUCAACAGAAAUUAUCAUCGGAUCACAUAUCCAAUCGACUCUAGAUUUGAUCAACUACAACAGUGAUAAAGUUCGCCAUUUUCAAACCAAAGACGUGAUUAAAAAAAUAUCCACUAUGCUGGUUGUCAUGGCAAACGACUGUAUGUUAGUUUCCGUGUAUGACGCGUCGAUAAAAGUAUGGGAUAUCACUAAAUUAAGUUUAAUUCACGAGUUUAAUGCUCACACCGAUCAAAUACUUUGUGUUGAAAAGAUGACAACAGAUCUAUUUGCAUCCGGCUCAAAAGAUUGGACUACAAAAAUAUGGUCCGUGUCUAAAGGGACUUUAUUAUACGAUUUGGUUGGUCAUGAAAAUUCCGUUUGGUGUCUCAAAUAUUGUCCAGAAAUAAAAAGAUUGGUCAGCGGUUCUAAAGACGAUUAUCUGAAAGUAUGGAAUCUUGAAACGUCGCAGUGUGACCAGACGUUGAUUGGACAUAGCUCUUGGAUAUCCGCAGUUGAUGUUUCAAAAAAUGGCGUUACAAUUGUAUCUGCGUCUAAUGAUCGUAAACUAAAAAUAUGGAAGGUUGAUGACUGUAACGAUGAAAAACAAAAUACAGAAGAAAAAAAACAACCCGUGUUCAUAAAUCACGAAAAAACGUGUACUGGUGUAGCAAUGUCACCAAAUACCAACAUUUGCGGUACUAUAAGUAGAAGUGAGAAGCUGAUUUUAUGGGACGAAGCAAAAACUUCGGUUAUGGACGAAAUAGAUUGUAAUCCUACUUGCGUGGCUUUCAAUACGAAUAACAUGGUCAUAGUUGGAACUAACUCUGGUGAUGUUAUGGUGUAUGACAUAUUAAACAACAAACUUGAGCUAAGCACCACCUACAAAGCUCAUACAAAAAAUGUGAUGGACGUGUUGAUGUUUGAGGAUAAAAUCAUCUCAGCAGGAGAAGACGGUGCAGUUUCUGUACGCAAGCUUGGGCUUAAAACUGAGUUAGUAAAAUUAGAGCAUCACGAGAAAGCGAUCUCUUCUGUUCACAUAUCUAUAAAUGGUGCGAAAGUUAUCACAGGUGGCAAAGAUACCAAAGUAAAUGUUUUUAGUCUAACUCCAAUUGUCUCACAUGAUAAAACUUUGUUUGGGCACGAAUAUGCCAUUAGUAGCUUAACAAGUUCUUUUGAGCAAGUCAUUUCUGGGGACAUGAAAGGAUUUGUUAAAGUAUGGAACCUAGGAAAUGGUGUUCUAGUAACUAAGGUGCAGUUAUCACGUGACACAAUUACAUGUCUUGUGUCUCUGCCAACCAAUCAGAUUAUUGUUGGCUGUCACACGUUUACUGAUCAAUUGAAAUGCUGGGAUAUAAAGACAAAAACCACAGCGGUGGAGUACAUUGGGCAUCUUCAUGCUGUCAUGCGUAUACGAUGGAGUGCAGAUUAUAGAUUUUUGUUCUCCAGUUCUAGAGAUGGAACCAUCAAGCUUUGGGAUAUGACUAGUGGAGAAUUGUUAGACUCAAUUAACUUUAAUUCACAAAUUAAAUUCUUUGAAGUUUCGGAGUUAUGCGAUGGAUAUUUCUUCAAAAUGGUGGUUGCAACAAAAAUUGGCAGCAUUGCUUUUGUUCGAAUGUUACUCCCACAGUACAAGUCUUGCUUGUCCGCAAAAAAAUCACUUCCGUCGGAAGAACAUGGUAGCUCAAAUGACGAGUCAGCCAUUAUUGAAUCAAAAUCUUGUGAAAUUUUAUAAAACACUAAAUUACUUUUGGUUAAAUUGUUUAUGAAAAUAAAGAUGAUUUUUUGCUCUCUUUGAA